GGUGGUGGCGGGUGGAGGAUCGAGCGCUGUUCUCGCUCCGGAGCCGCUGCACAGUUCGGUUCACGACUUUUUAUUGCUGAGUGGUUCUACACGGUAUUGAUUUACCACAAUUUGUUGACCAUUUCACCUAUUUAUGGAUAUCUGGAUUGUUUCCGGUUUGGGGCUGUUAUUAAUAAAGCUGCUGUGAACAUUCAUUCAUGAGUUUUUGUGUGAACAUAUGUUUUUGUUUCUCUUGGGUGAAUAGCUAGAGCUGGAUUCGUUGGGUUGUACGGAAUUUUCUGCAGCUUAUCAACUGUGUGAGUUAAAGCUAAAUCACAUUCAUAAUUCCGCUGAACCAGGCACACGAAAACUGCCGUAUAUGUCACAGUAUACUGAAAAAGAGCCAGCAGCAAUGGAUCAAGAAUCCAGCAAGGCUGCCUGGCCCAAACCAGCAGGAGGAUAUCAGACAAUCACAGGCAGGAGAUAUGGAAGAAGACACGCGUAUGUCAGUUUUAAACCAUGUAUGACCAGGCAUGAAAGAAGCUUAGGUCGGGCUGGUGAUGACUAUGAAGUGUUGGAACUAGAUGAUGUUCCAAAGGAAAAUUCCUCAGGUUCCAGUCCAUUGGAUCAAGUUCAUUCUUCAUUACCCAACAACCUUUUAUUUGAAAAAAAUGAAACAGAAAUUCCCAUUUGUGAUACAGCAUUGAAUCAAACCAUUGAGAGCAAUCCAUCCUUUGCUGCAGUACAUCGUAGCGAGGAAGGCAGGGAGGCCUUAGGAAGCUGUACGAAUCUUCAUAAUCACUCUGAGGGAGAGUAUGCUCCAGGAGCUUGUAAUGCUUCAAGUGUACAAAAUGGAAUUGCAUUGGUUCGUACUGACUCUUAUGAUCCAGAUGGCAGAUAUGGAGAGGAUAAUGAACAUCUUCAGCUUCCUGCAGAAGUUGUAGAAGGUGGUAGAUAUCAGGAAGCAUUGGGAAAUACAAUAUUUGAGUUGGAAAAUGGAGAGGUAGAGGCAUAUACUGGUCUUUCACCACCAGUUCCCUCUUUUAACUAUGAAAUAAGAGAUGGAUUUGAAGAGUUAGACUCAGCACCUUUAGUGAAAAGUUCUGGUGAUACUGAGUUUGUCAAUCAGAACAAUCAGGAAUUUCAGAGGUCCUCUUCUGAAGAUGAAAUUGCUAGAAAGAAACAACAAAAUAAUCCUAGCCAGGAGAGACAGAGAGAAAAUUCAACUGAAGAUUCAGCCUGUGCUCCAGGGCAUAUUUGUAGUGAACAAAAUACCAGUGAUAGGGACGGCAACCAGGGAAGUUCUCCUGAACAGGUAGUGAGGCCCAAAGUUAGAAAACUGAUAAGUUCAAGCCAGGUGGACCAAGAAACAGGUUUUAAUAGGCAUGAGGCUAAGCAAAGAAGUGUUCAGAGGUGGAGGGAGGCUUUGGAAGUUGAGGAAAACGGCUCAGAUGACCUCUUAAUAAAAUGUGAUGACUACGAUGGAGAACAUGACUGUAUGUUCUUGGAUCCACCUUACUCAAGGGUUACACAGAGGGAAACAGAAAAUAACCAAAUAACAUCAGAAAGUGGAGCCACAGCAGGAAGACAAGAAGUUGUGGAUAACGCCUUUUGGAAUGGCUGUGGAGAUUAUUACCAACUGUAUGACAAAGAUGAAGAUAGUUCAGAGUGCAGUGAUGGAGAAUGGUCUGCUUCUUUGCCUCAUCGAUUUUCUGGUACAGAAAAAGAUCAGUCCUCGAGUGAUGAAAGCUGGGAGACUCUGCCAGGAAAAGAUGAGAAUGAACCUGAACUACAAAGUGAUAGCAGUGGUCCUGAAGAAGAAAACCAAGAAUUGUCUCUUCAGGAAGGAGAACAAACAUCCUUGGAAGAGGGAGAAAUUCCUUGGUUACAGUACAAUGAAGUCAAUGAAAGCAGCAGUGAUGAGGGAAAUGAGCCUGCCAAUGAGUUUGCACAGCCGGAAGCUUUCAUGUUGGAUGGUAACAAUAACCUUGAGGAUGACUCCAGUGUGAGUGAAGACUUAGAUGUGGACUGGAGCCUGUUUGAUGGCUUCGCGGAUGGACUAGGAGUUGCUGAAGCUAUUUCGUAUGUGGAUCCUCAGUUCCUCACCUACAUGGCCCUAGAAGAACGCUUAGCCCAGGCUAUGGAGACUGCCCUGGCACAUUUAGAGUCUCUUGCAGUGGAUGUUGAGGUGGCCAAUCCACCAGCCAGUAAGGAGAGUAUUGAUGGUCUUCCAGAAACCCUUGUUCUUGAAGAUCACACUGCUAUUGGUCAGGAGCAAUGCUGUCCAAUCUGUUGCAGUGAGUAUAUUAAGGAUGAUAUAGCGACCGAGUUACCCUGUCACCAUUUCUUUCACAAACCUUGUGUCUCAAUUUGGCUACAGAAGUCGGGAACAUGCCCUGUGUGCCGCCGUCAUUUUCCACCUGCAGUUAUUGAAGCAUCUGCAGCUGCUUCCUCCGAGCCUGAUCAUGAUGCCCCACCCUCAAAUGACAGUACCGCAGAAGCUCCUUAAACCUCAACACUUGAAUAAGAUCAGUCUGUCAAUCUGCAGAUUCCUUCUAAAUCUGAUGUGCAAAUAAUUAUAUAUAAAUAUAUUAAAAAUGCCAUAUAUAGCCUAUGCCAUAGUUUAGAAAGAGAAUAUUAACCUUUCUAAACUAAAUUUAGGUUUGCAAAAAGUACUAAACAUUUUCGAGCUGAAUGUUGGCAGCAGUGCAUCCAUUUGCUUUAGUUGAAUAUGUUGAUAUUAAUUAUAAAGUCAAGCUUAUCAAUUAACUCUCUCCAGAAGAAAUAAUCAUGUAUGUGGCACACAUUAUUGGUUUUGUCUGAAGUACUGCCACUAAGUGAUUAUAAUUAAGCUCUCCUGUUUGCAUCAAAUGUGAAAACUAUGAUCACAACAGUAGUAAAAUUUGGUUUCAUUGGAAAUAAAAAGAAUUCCAAAGCAUGCUUUUUCAUUGGUCCCUUUGCUUUUGCUACAUCAAAACCUCUUGGUUCAUAAUACUGAGUGGUUUUUUAGGAAGGUAUCUACCCUUCAUCUUUGUUUAAAAUUAACACUUUUUAGAAUGCCAAAGCAAAGGCUAAAAUUCUGGCUAGAGCAUCACAAAAUUUUUAAGUCUUAAAUGUAAUCUAAGAUGGCUAGGUAGUAAAUUAUUUUUUUUUAAUGGUGGGUGUGCUUAAAGUGUGGUUAGUAAAGCAUAUAAAUGCUGUGCUGUGGCUGGUCUUGCGGUCGGGUUAGUAAAGCAUGUGAACAACCAGUGUGCUCAGUGCUUGGUACAAGGAGAUGAGUUAGAUGGCCUUAUGAAAUCCUUUCUACUUGGUUAAAAUUAUACUUGAAGGUUCAAAACACUCAUGGCACAUUUGUUUAAUAAAUAUUUCAUAUAGUUAGUUUAAGGUAAUUUUGGUUCUGAAAUAUUUUGGAAAGUCCAAAAACAUGCAUAAAGUGUUUAAACAGUUAUUUGAAUUCCAAAAAAGAAUCUGAACCCUUAGAAAACUUGAAGAUUAAAUUGUACUAACUUGUAUAAAGCUUAAAAAUGGUGGAAUAUAGGCCAGAUUUGGUCAUACCUUUUUACAACAUAUCUAAACCUUACUGUAUUAUAAUUUAUUCCUUUAAAGUAUUCCUGAACAGGGAUUAUUCAUAUUACAUUAUCAGCAUUUGUUUCUUUACACUAAUUUAUUUUGGCAAAAUUAUUUACCUGGAACUAAAAUAAAAAUAGAUAGUUUCAAAUUAAGCCAUGGGUGAAAAGGGAAUAGAUUAUAUGAUUGCCUAGUGAUUGUGUGAACAGCACUGAACAUGUAACACGAUUCCUUUCUUAUUUUCCUUUCUCUGAAAGAGAAAAGAAGAUCCUGACUUCAGAUUUACCCUCUAAAAGAGCUAUUCACAAGCUUCUACAAAAGUGAGGAAGUCAGCUUUGCUUAUUCUUUUUUAUGGGAAUUUGACCCACAGUGUCAUAUUUGUAGUUAUAUAAGCCAAAACUAAGAUUGCAUAGCUUUCCGUUUAGGUAAUCACACCCAGUAGGCAAGUAUGUACAAACACGGAUGUAAUAUUUAACUUACAGAUGUGAUUUGAUGUCAACACCAGAGAAUAAUGGGUGUUAGAAUACCUUAUUUGAGCAAGUAAAAUAGUAAAGCACAUAGUGAGUGUUCAUCUCUCCAAGUAGUAUGUUGAUAAUUCGGGUUGGACACGUAAAAGAAAUAUUUAUAUGGUUUCCCAAAUGCGAAAUUACGUUUUAUUUGUGUAAUUUCUCUGAGUAUUUAUAUUUCAUCCCUUUUCUCCAUUCUUAAAAAUAAAUGAAUUUUCACUCUUGGCACAUUUGAAGCUUAAAUAUAAGGAACAUAACACUUGCAUUCUGAUUUUUGCAUAUAGUGUAAAUGUCUGGUAUUUACAGCAGAAUACUGUGUAUCCUUUUAUGGGUAAAACAAAACUGAACAUUGCAUGCAUGUAAUGUGGUGACUUUGUAAUUUAGGGAUUCUUUGGGGCUUCUGUGACUUUGGAAAUGCUUACAUUCAGGCCUUAAUGUUGCAUUAGCUAGCAUGUUUUUCUUCUGAUGUAUAUAGUCACUGUUGUAUAAACUAAUCUUUGCUUGUUUUCUACUCUGUGAUCUUUCCAUCUUUUCAUUGAUGAACAGUCAGUUUCCAGGAGUCAAAUCAGAUUAAAAUUAAUUCUCAUGUGUAUAUUGUGGAAAUUUGUGGCUAGUGUGAUUUUUUUUUUUUUCUGGUUUCUGGAACUUUGUGGCUAAUGUGAUUUUUGUUGUUGUUGUUGAUUUCCUUUAAGUAGUGUUGAUCAGUUGUGACACUUACUGGUUAAAUCGACACUGCUACAGAUUUCUCUGUAAUAAGCCACACAUUAUAUUUAGGCAGUAUUAAGGGACCUUGGUUUUCUUAUCCUAGAUAGCAGCUGUCCCAAAGAAAAUAUUUCUUCUUUGCCUGUUAAGAUUUAGCUAUUAUCUGCCAGUUGUUAAGAGGUUUUGGUUCCAAACUCAACCAGCAGUGUUGAGAGCUAAGCUUAAGAAAGCUGUUGUACUUUUUGCUCUCCAUCUGUUUCUGUUCUUCAUUCCUGGCUCCCUACUCUGAACAGCUGCUAUGAAAGAGAAAAGUUGAAUAAGAGUUGUCUUAAAAUUUUUUUAAAAAAGAAAAUUGAGGUUUUAGGAUUUUCGUUGUAACAAGCUGAUAUAAGCUGAAGCUGACAAGUUCAGACACCAAAAUAUUGUUUGAUCACAUCUUGGAUCUUUUUGAAAAAGUUAAGAGUAUAUGAAGGUAAAUUAGAAAUAAGUAUAAAUAUUAAUAAAGACAUUGUUUCUCUUAUUUCUCUAUUAUAUGUUAAGUGACUUGACCUAAUAAUUUUAUUUUUUUUAAACAUUUUUUUCUUUCUUGUAAUAUGAAUGCUGAUAUUUAAAGGUGGAUCCAUGUGGUUUUCUUUUGUGUUUCUUAAUUGUUUGUCCUUAAGCUAACUAAUUCUUAAGAUUAUUUGUGAUCUGGAUUUAUAUAUAAGCUGUUAAAUAUAUAUGAACUGUUAAAAUGGAAUGCAAGUUUUUCAAAAGCCCAGGUCUAAAUGUAAUGAUUGGUUUUUUGUUCUACAACCCCAGUCCAUCAUUUUCUGUGUAAAUCAUAAAAAAUAAACAGGAUAUACUCAGUG